AUGCAGGAUUAUUUAUUGAGACAACUGAUACAAGAUCACAAAAUGGAUGAAAAGGAAAAAGGUGAACAAAUGGCCUAUUUGGAAACGAAUGGACAUGAGACAGAAAGCUUGAGAACGGAAAGUGAUGUAUGGAUAGAAAACGAGAUGUUAAAUGACAAGGAGAAAGAAGAAUGUGGAAAACAGGAAAUACAAAAACAAAUGAAAGAAUUGGAAAAAAGGAUAGAAAGUGAUGAAAGGAACGGACAGAAUGUGGAAAAACAGACAGUAAAUGAAUAUGAAAUGGAGAGAGGCUUAUGGGAAGAUCAGGAAACAGUGAAACAAAUAAAAAACUGGAAACAAAAGAACACAGAAUAG